AUGGAGGUCAACAAUAAGGCUCCAGAAGCCAUAUUGAUGCAGGACCUUGGCAGUGGGUCAAGAGAAACUGACCAGGAGUCCGUCUACUACAAGCAAACACGCACGAGGCGUUUGUUUAGCGAGAAACAGCUCUUUGCUCUCAAUUUGGUCAUGUACGGAGCAUGGUACUAUGUCGGCACCAACACCUAUCUCGUUAUGCUCAACGGCGGGCCUCGUGCCUGGCUAUUUAGCUUUUUUUUCGUGGCUGCCGGCGUAGCAUGUCAGGCUGCAUCUUUUGCCGAGCUGGCCUCGAUCCAACCCAUUGCUGGCGCUCAGUAUUAUUGGACCUUCAACUACGCACCGCCGUCCAUAAAGGUAUUUCUUACCUGGUUACAAGGUUGGACCACGUGGUUAGGGUACGUUUCGAUGCUUGCAAGCAACAUAACCGGUGGUGUUAUUACUCUGCAAGGCAUCAUCAAUAUUGCAAAGCCAGAGUGGGUUCCAGCAGGUUGGCAAACCACAUUGAUGACCCUUGCGUACCUUUUAUUAUGUACAGCGGUCAAUUUGUGGUGCUUCCGUGUGGUGCCUUUGUUCGAAACGAUUUCCGGCAUUCUAAACGCUUUGCUAUUCAUCGUCGUCGUUAUCAUCGUCUGGACCAUGGCCCCGCGCAAUGACAUGGAUGUCUUCUUAACCAAGAGCACUGCCGGAGGCUGGGGCGACUUUGUAUCAUAUAAUAUCGGCAGCAUUUCUAACCUUUUUCUAUUUAUCGCGUUCGAAAGUACCGUCCACUUGGGCGAGGAAACGCGCAACCCGAAGCGCGCCGUGCCUUCAAGCAUGUUUUGGGGCUUUGUGGCCAACGCAGUCAUGGCUUUUAUUAUGAUAAUAACAUUUGGAUCGGCUUUCCCUGGCAUAGACGUCAUUCUCACAUCCGUUAGCCCCCUGGCUACAUUCAUCAAUUAUGCUACCGGCUCAUAAAAAUUGUCUAUAGCCAUUCUUUCCUGCAUGCUUUUUAGCAUGGUCGCCGCGUCGAUUGGCAAUCUCUUAUCAGUAUCGCGUCUAACAUGGGCUUGGGCUCGCGAUGGCGGUCUACCCAAAUACUUUGCCAUGGUCGACGGUAAAACACGCAUACCGAUGCGAGCCGUUUCUGGCACGGCGUUCAUCAUCGCGCUUUUAUCGUUCCUGUUCCUAAACGACCACGCUUUUAUAGCCUUGGGCGCAAUCGGUUCCUUGUCAUCAAUGAGCUUAUAUGUCAGCUACAUCAUCGGCCUUGGCUGCAUCAUCUACUUCCGCCUUGCAAAUUCCAGCGGCCUGCAGCGCGGUGAUUGGAGCUGCGGUAAGUUCGGGUUGCCUAUUAACAUAUUCGCCCUGCUCUACACGAUUUGGGAAGUCAUAUGGCUUCCGUUUCCCAAUGCGCUGCCAGUCACGGGCGCCAAUAUGAACUACGCGGGCCCGGUAUAUAUGGCCGUUCUUGUUAUGGCUGUCAGUUACUGGUUCUUGUGGGCAAGGAAGCACUGGGAAGGACCGAACAUGAAGGUUGUCGAAAUCGUCUUGCAGAAUGAGGAAGAUCCGAAAUGAUGACGGCAAGAUAUGCUUGACUAGAAGGGAAAUCGGCCGCCUUUUUUUUGCUUGCAAUUUAUCUUCCAUGAGUG